ACUAUAAAUACAAGAGAGAUGUUAAGUUCACAAUCGUCCGAACACAACCUUUCACAGAAACUCCCCGUUCUUUUCCAUCGCUCCAAAUAACCACUCCUGUGUCUCGCGCGUGCUAUCGAUUCGUUUCAAUCAAAACAAGUUAACAACCACCACCAUGUCUUCGGAGAAGAAACUAAUUACCUUGCAGAGCUCCGAUGGCGAGGUGUUCGUGAUCAGAGCUUCCGUCGCGGCCCAAUCCACGACGCUCAAGAACAUGAUCGAGGACAACUGCGCGUCCAGCACCAUUCCCGUGCCCAACGUGGACGGGAAGACCCUCGCCAUGGUGAUGGAGUACUGCCAGAAGCACGCGGACUCGGAAUCCGACAGCGACCUGAAAACGUACGACACGGAGUUCUUGGACGUAGACCAGGCGGUUCUGUACCGCCUGAUCAUGGCCGCCAACUACCUCGACGUCAGGGAACUGCUGGACUCGAUUUGUCAGAAAGUCGCCGACAUGAUCAAGGGGAAGACGCCCGAGCAGAUCAGGAAGACGUUCAACAUUGACAACGAUUUUACUCCCGAGGAAGAAGAGGAAGUUCGUAAGGCGAAUGCGUGGGCUUUCGAGUGAUUUUUUAAUUUGUCAUUGUGCUUCUUGCGUAUUUUGAAUUUUGUUUUUCUACAUGUGGUUGGUAAUUUCUUUGUUUUAUGUAAUGAGUUUU